UGCCACAAACAUGCACAAGCGCGCUCCGGCGUUUUGCAGCGCGGCGCGUCCUGGCGCGUCUGGCUUUUGCACUCGCUGUCUGUUCCGUCGUGCUAGGAUGCCUCGCCCUGCGUCGCCGUCAAUACCCGAGAAGGAAUUCUUGUACAGCUCUUUGAAGCAGUCGCUCCGACUCGAUGGGCGGAACCUGCUCGAGAUGCGCGCCCCGACCUUGACUUUCGGGCCGGAGCUGGGUUGGGUCGAGUGUGCAUUGGGUAAAACAAGAGUGAUCGCCCAGGUCGACGCAAAAAUGGUGAAACCACCACCCGAACGCCCGCUAGAGGGCAUCAUCUCCAUCCAUUCGGAACUUUCGCCCAUGGCGUCGAGCGAGUACGACUCUGGCCGGCCAUCCGAUGAAGAGGUGACAAUUACCAGGAUGCUAGACAAGGUCCUGAGGAGGAGCGACGUUGUGGACAAGGAGUCACUGUGCGUUCUUGCAGGUCAGAGGGUCUGGCAUCUGCGCUUGACGAUACAUUGCUUGGCCGAUGCGGGCAAUAUGCUCGAUUGCGCAUGCCUGGCAGGUGUCGUAGCCCUCCGGCACUUCCGACGUCCAGAGGUCGAGGUAGUUGGCGACGAAGUCACCAUUCAUCACCCCUCCGAACGCGCGCCCGUCCCCCUCUCCAUGCACCAUACGCCCUACUGCCUCACCUUUGCUUAUUUUCCUGAAACCAGCAUCCUCCCCGUCCUCGACCCCUCGCAUCUUGAGGAGACGCUCAGUGCAGGCCUCCUCUCCAUCGCAUUGAAUGCCCAACGUGAACUGUGCGUUGUGCAGAAGGCUGGCGGGGUGCCCCUUGCGCCGGACGAGAUUCUAAGGAUUGUGGGGAUCGCGGUGGACAAGGCAAAGGAGCUGGAUAAGACAGUGGAGGAGAGGCUGAAGGAAGAUUGGGCAGGAAGGACGGUGGAAGUGAGGUGAGGUGAGGGAGGCGAUGAGUGAUAUUUCUUGCCAGUUUUUGGCUGGUGUGCGUGUUACCCUCCGAGGUGCCCAGUCGCAAAAUCGCAUGGCAAACAUGCAGUCCUUGUAUCAAAUAGCUGUACAAUACACUCGACGAUUGCAUUGUCGCUGCGAACAAACACGACCGUCGACCCGA